UUUCAGUUGAAGUUUCAGGCUCCCGUUACUCGCCAGGCGCUUCUGUUCGCUUACUCGACGACUCCGCCCAUGAAUUACCGUCUCACCGAACACGACGAUAAGACGUCGGUCCCUUUCGAUUUUUCUCCAGGAGCUUCUGCUUCUACUUCUACUUCUCCUUCCUCGUCUUCAUCGUCUUCUUUUUAUCCAUACGAGUUGAAAAGGAAUCACGGUGCGCUAACCAUGUUUGGAUGGGGAGUGCUUCUACCUGUCGGUGCGAUAGUCGCGAGAUACUUCAGACAAAGAGAUCCUCUUUGGUACCACCUUCAUGUAAUUAUUCAAUUCGUGGGAUUUCUUAUCGGCCUCACGGGUGCGGUCGCUGGAAUUGCUCUUUACAACAGAGUACACUCUAAUUUCACAACACACAGGGGCCUCGGCGUUUUUAUCCUUGUGCUAGGUUCUCUGCAGGUAAUUGCAUUCUUCUUACGACCGGAUAAGGAGUCGAAGAUCCGUAAGUACUGGAACUGGUACCACCACUGGGUCGGCCGGCUUGCUCUUUUCCUCACGGCGGUUAACAUUGCUCUUGGAAUUCAAAUUGGAGGUGCUGGUGAUUCCUGGAAGGCAGUUUACGGAAUUCUCCUCGCCGUCAUCUUAAUUUCCGUUACAGUCUUCGAGAUCGCUUUCUGGGUAAGAUAAAAUGGUCUGAACAAACCUUUUUCGAUCCGAUUCAUGUAUGAAGCUUUUGUGAAAAACCUAUAAGAGAUAGAAUCUGUCGCAGAUUGUUCGUUCAUCUUUUACUGUGAUCAGAUCGAGCCAAUUCUGUCGGUAGUUUUCCCAUUUUCAUUCAUAUCUUCUCCUUUCUUUAUAUUAAUGGAUUAACUAUUGAGUCGAUUCUU